UGAAACAAUCUAGACCAAUAUUUCUGAAUAAUACUGCAUCAUAGAAUAUUUGUGGAACUUUUAUUGAAGGACUCUUUUAAGUCACGUUUUUACCUUAAUGGUUAGUAUAUGUGCGCAUCACAAAACAACGCGGGGCAACUUGACUGUUUUGCAAAGUGGAGUACCCUGGACGAAGGAAUCUGCUUGAAGGAUAUUGUUUUUGGAUUCUGCACGGAGGAGGCAAUGAAGUCUUAUCCAUCACUAUCUGUUUGUACUGUGUUAUUGUGUCUGUCAUGUAUAGUGGGAGUUGUCACUGCUACAAACCCAUACCAGAAACCCAGCUUUUUGGAUUUUGACUCAUGGUUUUGGCACACUCCUCGAGGGCCCCAAAUGUUUUCCUGCGUUACCUACAUGGAGAAGAACCUUCGGGUUGAUUGUGAAUUCCCAGAGACGCACAAAAUCCCCGGGCCAUUUUGCGAGUUCAAACAGGAUGGGCGACUUAUGGGAUCCACCUACCCAAACACUCCAGUUCAGUUGAUACCACCUAUUGAGACUCGACGCCGAGUCAAUGUCUCCUUGGUGGCCCCUAACAUUUGUCGCCUCACCUGGAUGCCACUGUCAGAUGACCGUGCAUACACCUAUACCUGCAGAGUUUACCAGGGCAGCACCUGGAAAGAGAACAGUAUGGCGUUCCAUCAAAGAAAUCUUCUGGUGUGCUCCGCCUUAAGCGUACUGUUCCACACAGGACCAUGGAUACUUGGAGUUGUCAUAUCACUUCCUGUGUCUCUCGGGGUCCUGUCAGGAUGAUCAGCCCUACGUCCCGCAGGCUUAAACAUUUCAUCUACUCUCAAAUUUGUUGGUUUUAAAGGGCACCUAUUUCAUUGCUAAAACAAUGUUGUCUUGUAUAUUUGGUAUAAUGCAAUGUGUUUAUGUGGUUUAUGGUUAAAAAAACACAUUAUUUUACACAAACCGUACAUUUUUCCUGAAACUCACUGAUUUUGAUUUUGUUCAAAACUCAUCGAUUUAAGCGCUGUGUUCCUGAUUGACCAGCUAAUCUGUACGUUGUGAUUGGCCUGAAUCCCUCUGAUGUCAGCCCGGAAAUGUGACGCUUCUUACCAUGUUCGAAAGAUUCGGUCACAAUGCAAUGCUAACAGGAGUUAACCUACAGACUGAGUCCAAAGGUGGAGGAAUUAUGAUAAUGUCAGUCUUCUCUACAUCACCAAUCCCAGGAAGUAAACUGUUGCCUACAAUCCAUGUGUUUGUUGUAGUCCAAGAAAAGAGAUUUACGUUGGAGACGAUAACUCGCAUCAUCGUUUACUUUGGGGUUUGUACAUUUUGCAUAUCGCUAACAUGUACUAAUACAGUGUUUCUCAACCCUGGUCCUCAAGGACCCCCUUCCAGAAUGUUUAAGAUGUGUCCUUAUUUAAAACACCUGUACCAACUCAUCAGCCACCUUCCAGAAUGUCUCUCUAACAAGCUAAUGAUUUAAAUCAGGUGUGUUAAUUAAGGAGACAUCUAAAACAUUCUGGAAGGGGGUCCUUGAGGACCAGGGUUGAGAAACACUUUACUAAUACACACCUACACACCAAAGUAAAUGUAAAAUCGUGAAUUGGACAAUAGGAGCUCUUUAAGUGUCUAACAUGGCAUCUAAAAGGGGUGGUUUCCCGAACAUGCCUUAUCCUAGUCCCAGACUAAAAUGCAUAAUUGAGCUGCCUUAAUUUAUAAACACCUUGUACUGACACAUCUUAACAUAUAUCAGUGCCAUUGUUUUGUCUCAUGCAAACCAUGUAUUGCAUUUUGCAAGGUUAGUUUGUAAAAAACACUUAAAUAUCCUAUUAUAACCAAGCCCUAGUCCUGGAUUAAUUUAAACCCUGUCUGGGAAACCGCCUCUUAAGCUUCUAACAUUGCAGCUGUUUGGGUUUCUAUUGUCUUUACAUCAUCAGUAUUCUUUGUGAAAGAACAAAUGAGACUCAGAAAACAUUGCACAUGCGGCCCACUUAAGAUAAAAAUACUUAGCUACAUUCUAGAAAUCUUUUAAUCUGACUCUGCUAACAAAUGAAGUUGUUGUAGCAACUAUUUCUGUUACAGGACAACCUGAAAAUAUUUUUUACAGCAGAUUUGUGUUGUUGAAUGCAAAGUAGCAUGCCAAAAAACAAUUCCAGACUUGUUUGUCAGUUUAACACUGCAUUGCAAUCAUACUGCCAUCCUGCUUAUCAAACAGUAAACGCAGAUACUUGAAAUGAUAUGACAGCCAAAACAUAACUCACAUACAAUUUUCUCUGUUAUCAGAUUGUUUGCUAUUGUUUUGAUAUAUGAACCUUUAUGCAAUAUUCAAUCAUGUGCUUCCUUUACAAAUCACAAAAAAGCAAUCAUACAGUCGCUUAAUAAGAUAUUGUAGUUUUUAUUGCCUACAUUUUUGUAAUGUUUCUAGAAAUACCCGAGUGAUUUGUUAUAAGAAUAAUCCGUAUUCUCAAUGGUGGCUGGCUGGUUUAUCGAUCCUUACUAUUCGUCAGUGCAAAAUACAUUAUAUGGCUGCUACCAUUCUGUUAUUGCAAUAACAACUCUCUUUAAUGCUUAUUUAUAUGGAGAGCCUAUUGAAGGACACUCCUGCUGACAUAUUGUAUUGCAGCACUUGCACAUGAAGCACAGAUCAAAACUGCAUAUCCUGUUAACACAAACAAUUCAAGGACAUAAAUUUGCUUUAAAAUACUUUCAUAACACAUAUCUAUACGUGUCUUCCAUUAUGAUUGCAUGCACAAUGCAGCUUCUUUAUGCACAUGUUAAAUUGUAUUUUCAUACAAAGUGUAGCUGCUUUCGCACAUGCCUCCCUGCACUAACCCUAUGUGCCUUAGGUUACAUUAAGGUGAAGCAAAACUGAGCUUUUUCUGUGUGCUGCAUAGUCUGUUGUUUCAUUUAGGCUAAAAUGGCUCACAAAGAUUGCAUUGCAAAAUACUCAAGCACUAACAUGCACAUUUCAUGCACUUAUAAUUGUGUGGGAAAACCUCGGUCGGUAUUCCCUAUUUAGUAUAUUCUGCUAUCUCAUUGCUAUUGUCUGAAGGAUCUAUAGCGCAGAAAACAAUAAAGAACUGCAGAGU